AUGCAAAAUGGAAUAACAAAAGAGAUGGCUGAAUAUAAUGUUUAUAAUACUAUACUUAAUAUAGCUAAAGCAUGUAAUGUGGAUGAUGAAUUAAAACUCUCAGAAUUAAUUGACAAUUUACUAAUAAAUGAAACAAAUAAUCAUCUUAUUGUAUUUGAUUAUAUUUAUAUUGAGGAUAAAGAAGUUAAUGAAGGUCUUACCAAAGAAAAGAUCUUGAAAAUU